UGCAGUCCUUCAGUUUCACCAAGUCUGCAUACGGAUUAGGACCUUGCUUGACUACCAUCAAACAGACCUGCUUUUCAUGUAAAGUAAGGAAAUCUUAGGAGCUGAGUACUUUGGAGGACUGUUUUUCCUUCUCAUUAAGGAUUUGGACAGAGUCUGACUGUACAGAGGAAAGCUUUCGAUAAUGAAAACUAUGGAGAACGGCCAUCCGAGUGAUAACUGCACAGCAGAGAAUCUACCACUGUACACAUUUUACGCCUCUGUGAUGAUCAUGGAAUUCACCCUGGCUCUGCCGCUCAACCUCUCAGUGCUUUAUCUAUUCAUCUUCAAGCUGAAGUUCUGGAAAUCUAAAACCAACAACAUUUUCCUGUUCAAUCUCGUCUUGGCUGACGUUCUUCUGAUUAUAUGUUUGCCAGUAAAGGCGUAUCAUUUUCUUAACGGGAAUCGGCGGAGUACAGAGGGAGGGACCUGCAAAGCCAUGCUCUUCAUGCUGUUUCUGAACCGAGGUGCCAGUAUCGCCUUCCUGACUGUGAUUUCAGUUGAUCGCUACUUCAAUGUGGUUCAUCCUGGGAAAAAGAACUUUGCCAAGGCUUUAAAAAAGUCUCCUCAUAUCUCUUUCCUCAUCUGGCUACUGCUGCUCCCCCUGACUAUCCCCACCAUGCUGAAGUCCUUUGAGUGCUGUAAUAGUUAUGGGCGUGAAGAUGACACUCUAGUCGAGGAUGUCACUGACACUCUGAGAGAGGUUGUGUUUUUCACCCAGAUUCUCAUCCCUUUCUUUGUGUUGGUCUACUGCACGGUCCGCAUUGUUAACAGACUAAAAAAGAAGACCGUAGGGGAUAGUACCAAGCUGCGUCGAGCAGUGUUUCUGGUCACCUCAGUAAUGCUGGUCUUUUCUUUCUGUUUCCUGCCUUGUACCAUAGCUAGAAUGGUUCUGUUGAUUGUGAGAGUUGAGAAUUUACCCAAAGCAGAAGCUAUAGUUGUUCAAGUCUUUGACGGUCUCAUGGUUUUAUCCUACAUGGAUUGUGUAGUGGACCCAAUUGUGUACUGCUUAAGCAGCACUAAGUUCAAAAGCCUCUACCUGACAACUUAUUGCCGCUGUCUACUGAGCGAAAAUGCAGAAAUAGCUGAGAGCACAAUCUCAAUAGGAAACAACUCAAGCCCAAAACGCAACAACAAUAUAUUGUUGCAUAGUAGGUAAAAAGAGGACAUGGAAAUGACUGUUAUAUUACUGACUAUACGACUGUUCUCAUGGUGGGACAUUCAUGUUAGUUUGCCAAACCAGACUGUGAUUCAUUACGUGUUUCUGUUACCAUCAGCAUGUUAAACAGCUCAUAAUGACUGUGUUGUUACUAAUUGUCUGGGUCAAAUAAAUCAU